UGUUUUGGUCCACACAAGGUUUUUGGUAUAAUGCUAAAUCAUCGUGAAAACCAUUAACAGAACUUACGGUAAGGUACAAUCUUUUAUACAACACAUCACACAUAGAGAAAAUUAGAAGAGUAAUGGCUGAAAGUGCAGUGACCCUUCUGGCCGUUCUAGCUGAAAAAUUGUUGACGUUACUGAAGGAAGAAGGAAAAACAUUAAGCGGGGUUCACAAAGAUGUUGAACGAAUCAAGAAUCUGGUAAAAAAUAUCAAGCCUUUCAUGAAGAAUGCAGAGGAGAAGGUACUGAUUGAAGAGAGCGUGAAAAAUUGGAUGAAUGGGUUGAGGGAAGUGAUGUUUCGCAUGGAGGAUGUGGUUGAUCUGUAUUUGUUCAAAGUGGCAAAACGUGAUGGAGUUCGUUAUGGAAUGAGAAAGAAGAUCAAAAGUAUAAAACAUCGUCAUCGUAUAUCAUCUGAGAUUAAAGAUAUCAGACAAACCCUAGAUGAUCUCUUCAGUAUCAGAACAAGACUACAACUCCUAUCCUCUCAUGGAGACACUCUUCCCAAUACAAUUCCAAGGGCUCAUUUUGUGAAGGAAUCUCAACUUGUUGGUAUUGAACAUAACAUGCAAAAAUUCAGAGAUUGGCUGGCAAAAGCUAGUAGUCCACUGUUGGUGGUGGUAGGCCCAGCGGGAAUAGGUAAAACUUCAAUAGUGAAGAAUGUGUAUAACAAGCAAACAAAAUUGAACCAGCCGAAGAAAAAGAAGGAUUUCGACUUUUGUGUAUGGAUAACCAUGACUCAAGCUGAUUCUUGGUACCCAAUAAUGCAAAUUAAAGAAGAAAUACUUAUGGCAGAUCCUCGUGGAUCAUCUUCAUUGAGGAGUGCAACAAGGGAGAAUCUUACAGAAAAAUUGGGAGAAUACUUCAUAGAUAAGAGAUGCCUCAUCGUGUUAGAUGAUGUGAAGGAACUAAAAGUUUGGGACGUUAUCCAAUUUGCCAUACCUCAACAUCGGGUUAUUAUCACUACACAACGUGAUGAUUUUCCAAAUAAUAUUGGAAGUGAUGAUACAUCUGUUGAAAAAAUCAAGUUAGAACCUUUGUCUUUAGAAGAUGCUUUGAAGCUCUUUCACCAGAAGGUUAAGCAUGUGCAAUUCCCUGAGUUAAGUCAAUUGUCCAAAGAAUUCAUGGAAAAAUGCAAUGGGGUGCCUCUAGCCAUUGUGGCCAUUUCUAGUCUCCUUUCCACUAUGAAAUCUGCCAUUGAAUGGCGAAGGGUACGUGAUGAUCUUGGUUCAUUAUUGCGAAGUCACCAUCAUCUUGAAACGGUCCGACAUGUAUUGUUGCAAAGUUACCAAGAACUUCCUUAUCGCCUCAAACAAUGCUUCUUAUACUUUGGCCAUUUCCCUCAAGGCUAUUCCAUUAGUCGCAAGAGGCUUAUUCGCUUGUGGAUAGCAGAGGAUUUUGUAGAAGGAGAUACCCAGAACAAAUCAAUGGAGGAACUUGGAGGUGAAUACCUGGCUGAACUAAUCUGUAGAGGCUUGGUUCAUGCUUCACGAGUUGAUUUUGAUGGAAUACCUAGAAGCUGUCAUGUGUAUAACCUCAUGCAUGAGAUCAUAUCUAGUAUUUGUAAAGACCAAAUGUUUUGUCAUGUAAUGGAAGAUGUAAGCACACCAGUGAACUCCAACAUGGAUUUCAUUCAUAGGCGUUUAUCAAUUAUAAAGAAGACUGAUUCUGCUACUAUGGAAAGAGACCAAAAGUGGGGAAAAGUUAGGUCUUGUUUUGUUUUCGAUGAUGCUAAGAAGUGGCAGGUGAACAACCAUUUUUUCUCUAGUUUUGAGUUUCUGAUUCGAUUAGACUUGUCUGAUGCAUGUCUAUCUGUCGAUGUUCUUCCUGAACAAGUUGGUAAUCUAUUAAACUUGAAAUACUUGAGCCUAAGGAACACCAACAUCAUGUCACUUCCAGAGUCCAUUGGAAACCUAGUGAAUCUGCAGACUCUAGACCUAAAACAAACUAAAUUGCAUGAAGUGAAGAUCGAUAAGCUUGUCAAAUUACGCCAUCUCCUAGCUUACUAUGUCAGUGAUCAAAGUUCAGAAUUCUACUGUUUAGAAGGACUAAGGUUAAGUGAAGGAGUUCAAAAUCUAGAAUCAUUGCAGAAUCUAUCAUAUUUAGAUGUAACUGGUGGUAGAAUAAUAAAGGGACUGCAAAAACUAACGAAGUUAAGGAAGCUGGGAAUUAUAAAGCUAGAAACAACACAUGGUGAAGCACUGUGCAAUUCUAUAGAGCACAUGAUCAAUCUAUGUUCUCUAAGCAUUGGGGCUUUAGGAAAACAAGACAUGCUAAAGUUACAAUCUUUAAAUCCUCCAUUGUCCCUUAAACGCCUUUACCUAUAUGGGCGUUUAGGAGAACUUCCUACUUGGAUAUCAACUGUUCCAAACCUUAUCAGAUUGUACUUGAAGUGGUCUGAUCUAAAGCAAGAUCCAUUACAUUACCUUAAGGACCUGCCACAAUUGUUGUACCUUGAGUUAUAUGAUGCAUAUAAAGGUGAACGGUUGGAUUUCGGUAAUGGAUGGUUGAAACUGAAGGUUUUGUACUUAGGAUUGUUGCCAAACUUGAAGACCAUAGAGAUUGGUAAGGGAAAAGUUCCUUGUCUUGAAAUAUUGAAGAUAGGGAGAUGCCAUCAAAUGAUAAGGCUCCCCAAAGAUAUACAAAACUUGAAGCAUCUUGAAAAGCUUUAUCUUUAUGAUAUGCAUGAACAGUUUAUAAAAAGAUUAUGUGAUGAGCGAAGUGAAGACUAUUGGAUUAUUAACAAAAUACCGCUCGUGGAAUACUCCAACAACGACCAUUUUGCCUCUUUUUCAUGAUAUUCAUUCUUGAAGAUAUAUCCACAGGGAUAUUAAACCAAGUUGUUAUGUUUUUCUGAAGAACUCAAAGGCUUGUGUUUAGGAUAUUAUUUUCUUGGCCUUCAAUGUUCCGCGGGCAAGAACAAUUACAUGAUCUUUCUAUUUAGAGAAAAUGGUAAGUUCACAUCAUAAUUGAUUUAUAUUUCAUGGUAAGGUGAUAAAAUCGUGUGGCUGGGUUCAUUUUAUGAGUGACAACUAAGACUAAGUUCACCAUCAAACCAAUAAAAUCAUAAAGACUCUUCUUUUGGCUUAGAUUGUAAUAAAGUCACUUUGUAUUCAUUACUUAAUUUAACAAGGGGAUAAACAUCUUUGGUUUAAACAAUUGUCUUCAUUUGUAACUAUUCUUCCUUGUUUGUAAGGUCAGGUAACAAAGGACUAUUCAUUGAUCUAAUAAGGAGAAGGAGUAAAUGGUAUGAAUUUAAGGACAAAUUCUUUAAAAAAGGGAUGAUAUGAUAGAUGACUAUCUCAUUGGAAUUCAAAGGAUAUGAAGACAUGAAGAUCAUGACUUGGAACACAAUUAUAGAAUAAGUUUUAAGCAUUUAAAGCGUAUGUAAUUUAUUUUAAUUUUGAAAGUUCGCUACGUGAAUCGCAUAUAUAGUUGGGCGAGAAUGUCGAGUAGUCACUAGACAAGAAAGGUGUUUUGUUGGCGAACAAUUUGUUUCUGUUUUUAAAUUUUCAAGUUAUUUUUGGGUCUGAUGUCUUUGGUCUUUUUUUUAUUAAUUUUUAGGUGACUUAAACAUUUUUGCCCAUAUGUAGGAGCACCAAAUACAUAUGUAGAUACAUUUGAUGAUCAUUAUAUGAAAAUUGAUUUUUCAUUAAGAGAGAAUUUUAUUGGUUC